AGUCUCGCGAGACUCAGUAAGUGGAGCAGUGUGGCGGCGAGAGUUGAAGCGGCGGAGGAGUUGUUGUUAAAGGAGGAAGACAACGCCGAGUGUGGAGCUGCAGACGUCGCCUAAAGUUUCACUUGAGUCGAUCAUGGCGUCGGGGGACACGCUGUUCAUAGAGACGGACGGAAGGAAGAUACCGGCGGAGAUCGUGCAGCUGCACGAGAUCGAGGUGGAGACGGUGGUAGUCGGAGAGGGCGAAGCGGAGCAGCCGCUGAUCGCCCUGCAGCCCAUAGACUCGGACCAUCACCCGCAUCAUGAAGUGAUCCUGGUCCAGACCCGCGAGGAGGUGGUGGGCGAGGAUGACCACGAGCUGCACUCGGACGGCGCCUUCGAGGACCACAUUUUGAUCCCGGUGCCCGCCUCGGAUGACGACUACAUGGAGCAUACGUUCAGUGCGGGGAGAAGCUCGUCCACGGGCCGAAUAAAGAGGCCUGGCAGCGGGAAGAGGUCGAGCAAAAGAAGCUACUUGAGCGGGGCGGACGUGGGCAGAAAGUGGGAACCGAAGCAGAUCCAAACACUGGAGGGGGAGUUUUCCGUGACGAUGUGGGCUUCGGACGACAAGAAGGACAUAGACCAUGAGGAGCAGAUCUCCGGGGACAACUCCUCUCCAGACUACUCAGAGUACAUGACAGGGAAGAAGCUUCCUCCUGGAGGCAUCCCAGGCAUCGACCUUUCUGACCCCAAACAGCUGGCGGAGUUUGCGCGGAUGAAGCCGAAGAAAGUGAAAGAAGACGAGGCGCCCAGGACGAUCGCUUGUCCGCACAAAGGAUGCGCCAAAAUGUUCAGGGACAACUCGGCCAUGAGGAAGCACUUGCACACUCACGGGCCUCGCGUGCACGUGUGCGCAGAGUGCGGCAAAGCUUUUGUGGAAAGCUCCAAACUGAAGAGGCACCAGCUGGUGCACACGGGAGAGAAACCUUUCCAGUGCACGUUCGAGGGCUGCGGCAAACGAUUCUCCCUGGACUUUAACCUGCGCACACAUGUGCGGAUUCACACCGGCGACCGUCCGUACGUCUGUCCGUUCGACGGCUGCAACAAGAAGUUCGCUCAGUCCACCAACCUGAAGUCUCACAUCCUCACACAUGCUAAAGCUAAAAACAACCAGUGAGAGGAAGCGGCGUGAGCACACGUGAGCUUCCCCUGCUCCCGACUCUGUCACCUCGGCCGAGUCAAGCCUUGACAUUUUAAAGGACUUUUCAGACUGAAAGUGAGUUGGGGACUGUUCUGACCAACAAACAAGACUCUUAUUUUUGGAUAUAUUUAUGAUUCUGCUCCUGAAUUUGUACCUAAAACAUCCAGGUUUUUUGCUACACACGUCAGAUCUUGACAUUUUGUACUUUUGUACAAAUCCGUCUUUAUUUUCUAAAGACGUCUGACAUUGCUCCGUGUGUUUCGUGUGACGAGACGUCGGGAUUAGUGGCACUAAAAGCCUCGGUUCAAUCAUCUGUUUCGUUUCCUGUCUGUGGCGACGUCGUCUCACGGAUCAAUAAAAGCCAAACAUCGUUUCAUCAGUCACGAAAGUUCCACAUUUAUUAGUUAAUGCCGUCUCAUUUCAACAGCAGCCGAUUAAAACUUUAUUUAAAGCACAGAGCAGCAGCAGCAGACGUGUUUGCAGUAGUUGUGUAUGCUAGCAUUAGUCAGCUCAUCCGACGAAGAGCGCCCCCUGCUGUUUGAAAUAAUAAACCACAUCUCUGUGUCCGUUUGAGCUACAAUCAUGGAGUGUUUUUUUUAAUGGAUCUGCGAGUGAGUUCUUUAAAGGGACCGUUGUACCUGAUAAGAGUAAAACAUU